UGACUGGGAAAACCCAGUUCUCAGUUUCAACUACAAUGCUUCAAAUGUGAAUGACUCACAAGACCUGUGUUCCGUGAACGGAUGUGGGAUGUCAUCUGAUGUAUCCUCUAAUAGGAGUCACAUUACGAUAAGUCUCCAGUAGAUGCAGUGCUCUCGCUAUCCUAACGACACAUGAGUAUACCCGCUGUUGACUAGGUGUAGAAACGCUGCAGAUAAGAUGUUGCUGUGCGUCAUGUGCCUGCUCCUUGCCUGCCUUUCUCUGACUCAAGGGAAACAAUUGGACAUCUCCUGUAAGCCUUGUGUAUGUAGGGUCACACCCAAUGGAAAGUUGAUCGCCAAUUGUAAGGGCAAACAUCUAUCUAACAUCCCCAAGCAGAUCCCAAAUUCAGUAUCAUACCUGUGUUUGUCUCAAAACAGUAUUAAGCAUCUGCCAGUUGGCUCGUUCCGACGGUUCUCUGCUUUGGAACAUCUUGAUCUGUCUUGCAAUCAACUGAAAAGAUUGCAUGUACACACUUUUGCAGGAGCUACAAAUCUGCUACAUUUGAACCUCAAAGGAAACCAUCUCCAACUUAACGAAUCAGCAUAUCCAGAGGGCAUAUUUAGAGAGCAGAAAAAAUUGCUUACGCUGAACAUCGCAAACAACAACAAGAUCGCAGAUUCAGUAUACCCAGAUAAAGCGCUUGGUGAUCUUACUGCUCUUCAGAGACUUUUCAUUGACGGUGUUCGGAAUGCCUCGUUUGGGACUGGAUUUUCGAAACUGAAGAAUCUUACUACGCUGUCGUUAUCAGGCAAAAGGGGCCUAUGCUCAGUUCAAACCCUGUUGAAUACAUCAUUUCUCUACACCCCAUCUGUCAGGAACCUGGACAUAAGCAAAUGUAGAAUCAACUUUAUUGAAGCAAGUGCAUUCUGGCCAUUAAGGCAGAUUGAUACACUCGAUGUAUCUGACAAUCAAUAUCUAGGGUUUGAUCGCAUGGGUGAAGCUAUAUAUGGACUUCGAAAUUCUCCUCUAAGCGUUUUAAAGAUCAACAGAAUAGUGACAACAUUUGCCAUAGGGGUUCACCUAAAGAAACCAAAUACGAGAUAUUUCAGAGAUCUCAGAGAUUUAAAAGAGGUUCAUAUUGAUGCAAAUAGAUUGGAACUCAUAGACCAGGAAUGCAUCGGUCACAUGAAAACAGUGGAAAUAAUAUCCAUGAAUCACAAUAGAGUGACAUUCGGAUUGUAUCUGCUGAGUGCCGAUAGACUGACAAAUCUGCGGAAAAUGUAUGCUUAUAACCAGUAUUCAUCUAAUAUCCCCUUCAAUCAAGUUGAUGCAGUUAGAGGCACAUUCCUCUCCCCCAAACCGCUGCCCUCAUUUGAUCCCCAGCCAGUGGUUCAAUAUUCACAUAACAUCAUCCAUGCCUGUGAACAAUGUGAGGCAGAUUGCAGCCAUAGCCUUUCGUACCGUAACCAUCAUAAUAGUCCCUAUUAUGAUGCAAAAAAUGACCAAACCAGUAUCUUAGGUCGUCCUUUUCUGAUACCACUACCUCCAAAUGCAACCUAUGUAAAUGUUAGCAACAGCAAAUUGAACUAUGAUAUUGUUGAGCUCAACUUUCAAACAAACCAACUUAAAACUAUUGACAUUUCACACAAUGUCUUUACAAACUGGAUAGGUCCAAUAUAUGAAAGUCAAACAGUUGAAUAUUUAGAUCUCUCAGACAAUUACUGUAAAAAUGUAUCUCACAGAUUUUUUAUGUAUGCCAAUGGACUAAAAGUCUUAAAUAUAAGUCGAAAUUACCUAUCAGUGUCCCUUCUAGCGGACACAAAUGGGCAGAUAUUUGGCAACCAAACAAACUUGGAAGUCAUACGAAUCUCACACAAUCUUAUUCGGGAACUGCCGUCAUUGAUAUUUAGAGGACUUACCAGACUUGAGGUUAUUGAUUUAAGCUGGAACAUGAUGGCCAGCUGGAACAUUGAAAUUAGGCACAUGCCGCACCUCCAUACCUUAGACAUCUCCGGAAACAGGUAUGAAGGCAUUCCAACACACCUGACAAAUCAAAUUGACUAUAUCAUGAGAAAUAGAAACGACACUUUUCAUCUCAGCAUCAAGGGUAACAUCUUGAAAUGUGAUUGUUCGACACUGGAGUCAUUAGAAUGGAUUACAAGGCCGUUUAUUUCCAUUGAAGAUCCUGGCAACACAAAAUGCACCUUAUCAGAUGGGGAAACCAUUUCAUUUAUAGGUAUAGAAAAUGUUAAAGCGAAGCUCCAAGUACGUUGCAAAAUAGUUAUUCCCCUCCUGUCUACAGCAGUAGUAGGAAUACUGCUUUCCAUGUUGAUAUUUGGAGCUGGUAUGGUGUACCGAUAUCGAUGGAAGCUACGCUAUCUGUACUACACCACAAGACGGAAGUACAGAGGGUAUCAAAGACUUGGACAAGAAGAAGACCAUUUUACUUAUGAUGCCUUUGUUUCCUAUGCUGAGGCAGACAGAGGUUUCGUCGUUGAAGAAAUGCGGGCUGUUCUAGAGAGAACCUACGGCUUGAGGUUGUGCAUCCAUGACCGUGACUUCAUGGUUGGUGAAGCCAUCACCGCCAACAUCAUCAAUGCUAUUCAGUCAAGCAGGAAGACCAUAGCUGUUUUGUCACCUAGCUUUGCAAAGAGCUCCUGGUGUGACUAUGAAGUUCACAUGGCCAAGUUGGAAAGCAUCCACACUGGAAGAGAUGUCCUAUGUGUGUUGUGGUAUACCGAUGUACCGGACAAUAGAAUCCUCAGUAGAGAUAUUCGGGACAUGAUUGAGUAUGACACGUAUAUUAAGUAUCCUACACAAGAAAAUGACAAAGAAGAGUUUUGGACGAAAGUCAAAGCUGCAAUCAGCUUUUAAGACUGAUGCAUCUGACGUUAGAUGCUUUUGUAUGAUGAGCUUAAGUGUGAUCAGUCCAGCUGGCAUCAGUUUCUUGGGAAUUAAAAGACUUGAUAUACCGUUCUACUCAUUGAACUUGAACAUGAUUCACUCAUACUUCCUACGAAUGGUGAUCGGAAGUGUAGGAGACAUCGAGGAUCAAAAUGCGUAACAUGCUAAAUUAGCAAAGUGGAAACACUUAUUACGAGACACAACUUGUCUGUGGGGAAUGGGAACCUGUUUUAAACUAUGCAUAAUAAUCGAAGGUUGUUAAAGAAUUAUAAACAAAGUUACAUCCAUACCCAAGUGUCCUCCAAGGAGGGGAAGUCCGUGUGAAUACAAAUUUGAAUUUCUCGUCGCGAUUGCAUACAGCUUAGCGAGCUGCUUGGUGAGGGUCAGGUUGUGAUUGUGUUGAUGCAGAGUGCUUGCUUAUGAUAGCAGGAAUGACAUGUUGGGCCAAACAGGAUUAUCGCCGGCUUCAGCCGUCUACAAAUGACUAAUUUCAUCUCGGUGGAUUAACAAGCGGCGACGUUCAAUCAGCACACGUGACACUGUAACAUAGGAAGGUUUGAGACUCAAAUGUUUAGUUAGCUAGUUCAGUCCAUCUACCUUUCUUACAAAACUGACCAAAUUGUUCAAUAGGUAUUUCAACAGCAUCCGCACGUUACUGUCAAUCUAGCUCUUCUUUGUAGAUAUAUGCUUUUCACGAAUGAAAUUAUAUCCCAGAUCCUUUUUAGAUAAUCUCUUUCCAUGCUCGUUGUUUUCAGUGAAUGAGUAAAUGAGUUAAAAUAUAAAGUAUCGUUGGCAAUAUUUCAGCCAUAUCGUGAUUUCAGUGAAUGAACAGGGAUAAGGAAGCAAGUCCUUACAGUUCAUGUCAACACCUCUCCCAUGUAUCAUGUUAUCUAGUUCGAAUUGUAAUGUCACUGCAUGUUUUAUAUUAUUGUGUUAGUUAACAAUUGUAUGUAAAACAGAAACAGUCAUGCAUUGUGUAUUUGUAUCUUAGUUAAAUCUAUCAAAUGAACACAUAUGUAAGUAACUGGUCAGCUACAAUUUUUUAUUUUCGGAAUAGUUAAUGGCACUGAGGAUAAUGUGCAAAUUCAAGUUACUUAAGUAUUUGAAGAUUUUUAAAGUUGUGAUAAUAUUUUCAGAAGUGUGAAUCAUCUUUUUUCAUUCAUAAUGCUUUCCCUAUUAUAGCAAUAGGAAUAACAUUCAGUUACGUUAAGCUUCUACAAACAGCAUCCGUCUAAACUGAUUUGUUUAUAUGGGUUUUCUAACGAAUGAUUUACAUCCAUUAUAUAGCCAUCCCUUCGCACAAGAUGCGACAAAAUUUUGUGUAAAUCUAGCUACAACAAGGACUAUCAAUAUUAUGAGAAACUGGUAACUGAUUAUGUAUUGCUUGUAUUAUGUGAGUAAUUUUGUGUCAAUGAAUGUAACUAAGUCAUAAUCCAUUCUUGUUUAAUUUUGUAAAUAAACGUAGGAAUCAAAAAAAGGAAGCAUUCGAAAGUAAUACCAGGAAGGACAACGGCUGCAUAUCAGUCAAGUGUUAGACACUCGUGUUUCGUGACUGUUUGUUAUGUUUCCUGUUUAUGUGGUAUCACCUGAUUAACCCUACCACCAUGGGAAUAUACUUACAGUUAAGAUAAGCUUCUACGAACAGUAUUCGGUUACAUUGAUUGUGUACUUAUGGGUUUUGACGAAUGAUUUAUAUCCUUUAUUUGGCCAUCAUUUGCAGAAGAUGAAAAAAAAUGAUCAAAAUCUAUUUAAUAAAAGGACAUUCAAUAUUAUGUGAAACCUGUAACUAAUCAUGUGUGGCUUGUAUUAUGUGAGCAAAAUGCAUCAGUUCUCGAUUACCUUUGUAAACAAACGUAUGAAUCAAUGAACGAAAACAGUCAGAGUUAAUACAAAAAGCAAUUCCUUUUGCAAACUUGCCUAUUAUUUUUGUUGGAUUAGUUUUUUAUGAAUUUCUGAUGCUGAAUCAUGUCCUGUAUGUUAAAUGCUCUCAUACAGUUCAGUUGAUUUAGAAGCAACUUUCCAGUCUCUUAUUUCUAUCACUACGUUGAUAUUGUUGGCUGGUUGUAUUCACGCCAGCUAAAGCACCCCGGAAAUGAGUACGGCGAAACCAUACUACAUAGAUAAUAAGCUUUAACAGUGAAUCUCUUUAAACUUUAGACCUUUUUGGACAUAUUACCUAAUGCUGCAUAGUUACAUUCAAAUUCACAUUUCGCUUCAUGAUGCAAGUCAUAGCUUCUGUUUCAACAUGUCUGUUUCAAAAUUUGAUCUUUUGUAUAUUACACUGUGACACAUUUAUGAACCUUUUUUCUCAUAACCAUCUCCCUUUCUUUCAUCAACUCUUCCAAAAGGAAAGAAAUGUCCACUUCUUAAAACAUCACCUCCAUCACUAUUGCUCACCCAGUCUCCUGUGUUCAUGCAUUUAGAAUGAUAAUAUCACUAACUGCAAACAUUCUGAUAAUACUGCCUCAGUUAUAACCACUUUAUGCCAAGAUUUAGUUUUGUAGUUUCAUAUUACCUUUCAUAUAUUUCUGUAGCUUACUGUUAUCAUCAACAGUGCAUAGUAUGCUCUUAUAUUGUCACUAUUCAGUGUUUGACUCUUUCUUCUGUAGUUCACCGUAUAUACGGUUUGUACGGGCGUUUUUAUUUAAUAAACUUUUCAACUCA